AUGACAAUUCCAGGUAUUGCCUUUGGUAUGGCUUUCUAUUUACUUCAAGCCGUUUCUGGAGAAAGUGGAUAUGCACAGAACGGAGACUUUGAAGAUGCGGAACUGGACGACUAUUCCUUCUCCUGUUAUAGUCAGUUGGAAGCAGAUGGGUCUCGGCACUUCCUGACCUGUACUUUUGAUGAUCCAGAAGUGAACAGCACUAAUCUGGGAUUCGAGAUAUGUGGGGCCCUUUUGGGUGUAGGUUGCUUGAGUUUUAGUAAAGUGAAAGAGAUGUAUAUCCUAAAGACAAAGCUAUUCUUACUGAUUGGAGACAGCUGGAUAUGCGUGAAGCUUGGAAGAAAGAAUAUAACCUGCAGAAAAGUGAACAUAGUGAAAAUAGUUAAACCUGAGGCUCCUUUUGACAUAAGAGUCACCUAUCGUGAAGAAGCAAAUGACUUUGUGGUGACAUUUAACACAUCACACUUGCGAAAGUCAUAUGUGAAAGAAUUAAAGCAUGAGGUCGCAUACCGCCAGGAAAAGAGCGAAAAUGAUUGGAGGCAUGUGAACAUAUCCAACACAAAGCUGACGCUCCUACAGAGAAAUCUGCAACCUGAUGCAAUGUAUGAGAUUAAAGUCCGAUCCAUCCCUCAUUCAGACUAUUUUGAAGGCUUCUGGAGCGAAUGGAGUCCCACGUACCACUUCAGAACUCCCGAACCCAACACAUCCCACACAGGGGAGAUGAAUCCUGUCUUACUUGUUAUCAGCUUUCUGAGUUUUUUCUCUGUGAUUCUGAUAGUCAUCUUGGCUGGUGUAUUAUGGAAAAAAAGGAUUAAGCCCAUUAUAUGGCCCAGUCUCCCUGAUCACAAGAAGACACUAGAACAACUGUGCAAGAAACCAAAAAAGAAUUUGAAUGCUAGUUUCAAUCCCGAGAGUUUCCUGGACUGCCAGAUUCAUAAGGUGGAUGGCAUUCAAGCUAGAGAUGAAACAGAAGGUUUUCUGCAAGACGUAUUUUCUUCACAAAUAAAAGAGCCUGAAAAGCAGAGACUUGUGGUGGGUGUGCAAGAGCUCAACUGGCCUUCCCAGCAUGCAGUCACCACCCCAGAAACUUCCAAACGAGGGUCACACUUCCUGUGCCUGACUGAGAAUGUCACCACAUGUGAUGUCUCUGUGCUCCCCACUCCCAGGCCCCCAGACUGCAAGGAAGGAGGCAAGAAUGGGCCUCAGGUAUACCAGGGGCUGCUGAAUGGCCCUGAAACUACCAACAGUGCUGUACCCCCUCCAUUUCCUUUCCAAGUGGGAAUUCUGACCUUGAAUGCUGCUACUCAGGGACAGUUCCUCCUCACGGCCUUGGGACCAAGUCAGGAGGAAGCUUAUGUCACCAUGUCCAGCUUCUACCAAAACCAGUGA